AUGGGCCCCUGUACCGCCUCCUCAUGCUGCUGCCAGGCCCGUAAUCUGCCAUGGGCCCCCGUACCAACUCCUCAUUCUGCUGCCAGGCCCGUAAUCUGUCAUGGGCCCCUGUACCGCCUCCUCAUGCUGCUGCCAGGUCCAGAGUGUGUCAUGGGUCCCUGUACGGCCUCCCAUUGCUGCUGUCUCCAUCGCCACACUCUGCCAUGUGCCACUUUCAGGUCUCCUCACACUGCUGGUGGUUUCCAUUUUUGUCAUAGGGUGCUGUAUGGCCUCCCAUUGCUGCUGCCUCCACCGCCACACUGUGGCUCCACACUCUGGUUUUGGCCCCGUGACUGCCCAAAUGAGUGAAGUGUGCGGUGAUUCUAAGAUCGACGGCACUCAUCUGCAUGUCAUACUGACUGUCAGUAUUAUUUCUCUUCCCCAGCAGACUCCAAGGGCAUUUAAAUUAAAGGUACAGUGUUCUGCACUAAUAUAA